AUGCGGGAGUACGGGCGUUUCGUUGCUAUCGCUUUCUUGGAGGCUAGUCAAGACAUCCUGUUAGAUGAAGUACAACGAAUGAUCAAUAAACCGGACCAACUAAUCAUUCAAGAAUCAGAUCGCUUGUUCUGUGGUUCGCUUCAUUCCCGUCUAACAGGACUGUGUACAGCUUUGGUGCAUUAUCUACGUCUUGUACCUCAUCUGCCGGUCACCGAUGUCAUCCCCAUGGAAACGGAAAGUGUGGCCCUGAGCUUCUUGCGUCUACUGGUCGAGUUCACUUUGUUCACACUGGGCUACCCGCUGGAUCAGCUGUCUCAGUUCAAGUCCAUCAGAAAACCGCAGUUGCAUGCAGCUCCAUCUCGAUCCCCACUGUCACCAACAUUCUUGCACAGUGUACUCGACCUGAUGGACACCUUGCUGCAAACCACAGCCGGACAGUUUUUAAAAGGGGUCAAUGUGCUUGGGGAUAAUGCAGAGCGAAUUCUCAAUGUGUUUCUCAUCUUUCUGGCGACUAUUGAUCGAACUGUAAACUUAUCACAACCUAUGACUUGCUGGUCUGACAGUUUGCCGCAGCUGAUUGGUGUCUCCACCGACACAGAGCACUGUCCAACUUCUCUGAUUGCCAGUCUUUUGGCUCCGGGCUAUCCGUCACUAUAUUCAAUCCGUUCAGGCUGGUACUUGGAUCCAGUUUCCGCGUCCACAAUCGCCAGUUUCACGACAUUGUCCAAUUCAUGUUCCGCCGCCACAGUGCUUUCGGGUUCCAGUGCCAGGGCGGGCUCCACUGGUUGGGCUGUGGAACCGCAAGGCUUUGUUCAAUCCAAUCAGUUGCUUGGCUAUUGUCGUCUGUUGCGGUCGUCGCUUCUUCUGACUAAUGAAUCUACUCUGGCAAGCAAACUGAAUAUCUGUCUAAUUGGCUGUAUACGCAUACUCAAUACUCGACCGUCCACUUUGGCAGCCAGUUCGACCAACUCGAUCCAUGAGGACAAAGGGCGUCCGUCGGGUCGCCCGACCGAACCCGACCUCACUCUCUCCCUGGACCCCGAUCCAGAACUCCUUAUCACUCAGAUCGCGCGUUUGGGCGGCUUUGGUUGGUUGGAUCGGCGACAAUUCGAACAGAUGUGGAUGGCCUACCUCGAACUGUUAGCUGGUUCGGACGAAGAGGAUUUGUCCACCGAUCCUCAGGGGGCUCCGAUGGAGCUGAGUGCUGCGGAAAUGGAGUCGAUCGAACGAAAUCAGUGCAUUGUACUCGGGUUGCACGGAUUGACUCGACUGUUGUUAGAUGUCUCUCUACGACCGCAACCCGGUGAUCCGAUUCACUCCAGUAUACCACACCAACCCCGUCUGGGUACGCCACAUUUCUCACACACUCGACUGGGUCGAAAACUGACCGCAUUGACCUCAAUGAUUGAACAGGAACGACUACGAUUACAUCUGCCACAGGGUGGCACAUGCCCCACAUUCACCGCGAUGGCCACAGCUACCGCAGUCAAUGCGAUCACGCCGGACACGCCGGGGCAUGCAUUGUCCACGGGUACACCUCGUGCCUGGUUCGGUCAACUAAUCAGCCCGGAUGCAAGUGAUCAUGCGGCCGAAUUAGCCAGCUCAGUUGAAGCGAAUUUGGAACGACUGGCCGAUACCCCAGACAGUGUGCCCGGACCAAGCCAAUUUGCCGUGCACUGGCUUGUUCGGCGUCUGAUGCCACGAAGUGACUCAGAGGAGCAAGAAGAUGGCGAAGUGAAGCUGAUCUCAGAUGACCGCGGACUCGCUAGUCGAGACGAAGAACUUGUGGUUCGGUCUGCUGUGCUGCUUUCGGAUUUGUUCACAUCCCGCGAACAGUUUGUCUGGCUUGGACGAUACCUACAGGAUGUGCAAGAUAAACUGCCUUCACCAAAAGAAUUCCCAGCUCCUAUUCACAUCUGGCUCACUUUGGGUUUGGCUCGAUGCGUUGCCGUGCUCGAACUAGCUCAUAGUGGUCCGCAAACGGAACCACUGCACGAGGCCACUCUGGAACCAGCAGUGCGACAAACACUGGCCGUAUUGCAAACCAAUGUUACCGUUCUUCAAGAUGUGGGAUUGCAAGCAGCCAUGUUGCUGUUGCACGCAGCCCUGCUUAUUCGGGCCCAACCGCAUCAACGUCAAACACAACAACACAGUCCACCGACCGGAUCUCCGUCGUUAAAUGAACUUUACUCACAGGUCUGCCUGUAUUUGGAACAAAAGUUGGUCACUCUGUUCACCGCAUCACCACUCUCGCCAACCUCUUCGGUGUCUGGCGGUGGUGGUGGUGGUGGGGCCUCACGUUCUACCCCAGAUACCGAUUCUGGACCCAACAGUGAGAUGCACCGACCUGUACCUGGCAUGCCCCGGUGGAUUCCCACCUCGGUCACCGAGACCAGCAAAUCAGGAUCAAGUACAGCGGCCGGAUUUAAACGAUUCAUGUCUGGUGUGUUCGGUGGUGGUGCUGGUGGAUCUGGCAGUUCGAAGGCUUCCGCUAAUACAGUAACCGAUGCACAUGCGGUGCAUGCGGCCUGGUGUCGUGGUGCCGAACGUCUUGUCCUAAUGGGUCGAUUAGGCAAAGGCGCGACCGAGAGUUUACAAAAGCUGUGCGUUAUGCGUCUCCGCACCUGCCGUUCGGCUCAUCUCAGCCUGCCGGUGCUUCGACUCUUGGUCACAUGCAUGUAUACUAAUGCAGGUCGUUUAAAUACUCAGCUACAACAUUACCGGCGCUCAUCUCCUACCGCGGAUAAGCCGAAUCCAUUGACCGGUCCCACUGGAGCUUCUGCGAACAGUGUCGAGACCAAAGCGGUCAACCUGUCAGAACCGGUGACUACGAUGACUUUCACACGUCCGGUGGAAUCCGCAGUAUUAAGUUCCAAAUCAGACCUCACCACUUUGCCUCCAUCACUACUAACCGAUUCAGAAGCUACCGCCGGAAUGACUCAGGAAUUUCUUAGUUGCCUAUGGGAACGUCUUCGUGGUGGUGUAGCUCCAGUCGUACACACACCAGGAGAGCCGUCUUGGUUAACCAGUGCGUGGACGUCAGCCGCUGAGGCUUCGGUAAUAGCACGUUUACUGCCUGUAACUAGUACAGAUAUUAUCCAAGCUAUUGCUGGCCUCCUAGUACAUGGCAGUCCUCAGUCUCGUGCUGGUCAACUUGGUUGGGACAUGGUAAUCGAAGGGCAUCUGGAGGACCCAGUUCUGAACAAAGCGCUUGGAGAAUUUGCUCGUCUUGAUCACGCGCAUCCUGAUUUGGCUGCUCAGACACUGGCUCAACUUUUUGGACGUUUCCUUGAUCGUCCCGGUGGUCAGGCCUUGAUUCGUCAAUGGGUCAUCCUGUCUCUACCCACCUUACUCAGUCGCCAACCCCGCCGAUUGGCUAUUUGGGCCACGACCGUAUGCUUGUUGGCCGCCUCAACCGAGCCGACGUUGCGCGCCGCGUAUCCUUUUUUGUCUCAUAUUCGCGUUGCAUUUUGGUUGUUUUAUACAUCUCUUUCAACCAGUCAGAACAGAGAAGAAAAGAUAUUCCACUUCUUUUGUGUGCCAAAACUCACUGAAGAUUCCACCAUGGUGUCAGGCAGCAGUCGUCUGGUAUUCAUGUUUCACAUAGCAUUCUCACUCACAUCCGAUUCACCGGAGCACGGCAAUUCGUCUCCCGAUCAUGCUGAACAAAAUCAGCUGGGCCCAGAAGCUGCGAUUGGGAUCGGUCAGCAGACCUCACCGUUACUCAGUGACCUACUUUGUUUGGCUGCCGUGCAUUUCGUCCGGUCUGGAUUGCUCUCCCUUCAAAACUGUUCCACAAAAAAGGAAGAAAUUGUCGAGCAUCGACAAACAUUUUGGCGCAUGUUUGAACCACCUCCAGGCGAUGAGUUCGAUUUUAACGCGCAGACUGUCGAUGUCGAUCAGCGAACGUUGCGGCGUGUAUACGCAUUACUCCAACGCGAAGUUGUCGGUGACCAUUGA